CGUCCGGUCGACCUUCGAACUAGAGGCUACACGCCCAUGGUUUGCAACGAAAACUUGGGUGCGACAGAACAGGAAUGAGAGAAAGAAAAAGAACGAGAGAAUGGGAAAAGACAAAGAAGACGACAAGAGAAAAUGACAAAGAGAAAAAGAGGACAUAUUAGCUGAUGGAAGGAACACGAACAAGUCAGUGGCUUUCAGAGUGUUGUGCUAGUGGGACCGAAAUAGUGAUAGACCACGUGCACAGAUCCGUAACCUGCAAGGAUACAUUAUUAAAAAUUAUCUGCAAUAUUAAGAAGGAACGGCGAGGACGAAUUAAAUUAAUAGGACAGAGGAUCAUCAAUUGUGGAGAAAAUGGAUCAUUUUUGUGCGUGCAGCAGACCCAACCUAACAUUUGUGGGACGCCAAUUGCUUUCAAAUAUCAAUAAUGAACAACAAACUCCUUUUACAUCGCAUACGCAAACGCGCAUUAAACGGCCUAUGAACCCAUUUAUACUCUGGUCCAGCGAAAAACGCAAAAAGAUUGCGAAAGAAAAUCCAAAAUUGCAUAAUUCUAAAAUCUCGAAGCAAUUGGGCCAGGAAUGGAAAACUCUUCCACAAGAAGAGAAACAAACAUUUAUCGACAGGUCGAACCAGUUACGCGAAGAGCAUAAAAGACGAUAUCCUAACUAUAAAUAUUGUCCGCGAAGAAAAACCAAAUCAGAAGACACAUCUAAAUCCAUUAAUCCGCAUGGCUAUGCUUGUUCCAGCUGUCGGAUGCCGUUUUCUCCAGUGGCUCCAUUCCAGUAUUCAAAUAUUGAAUAUCCUCAAACUUCAUCAUAUUAUUCUGACACUGGGCCUCCUGCCAUGUUGAUGCCAGCGAAUAUUGCCACUGGGUCUUCCACUGUGACAGCAAAUAUUCAAUGUGACCCUCAUAAUGCCUUCAUAUCAGCAAAUGAUGGACCGAAUUUUACCACCUACCUCAACGAUAACGAUGAUGGACCGAUUACCUAUCAUCUACUUCGAUAACAAAAAUUAUCUCUUAAACUAAAAUUAUCUCUCAACCACAAUAUAGUUGUUCGUCAGGCAGCAAAUCGAUGAAUCAACGGCCAGAAUGAUACAUCGUUAUAAAUUUAUAUUUUUCUAAACAUU